AUGUCAAACUCAACCAAUACACCAGAUCCUACUCCUAGAGCCCCUGUUGCUCCAUUAGCAGAAACCAUGGAUGUAGAAGCUUCCGAUCUUACGGGCGACUUGUUCGGCGAGACACCAGCGGAGGCGGAAGAAACCGAGAAGGAAGAGAAAAAAGAGGAUGAGGAUGGGGAUGGGGAUGGGGAUGGCGAAGGCGACGUCGAGGAAAAGUUCGAGGAGGGGAACGAAGAGAGCGGGGAGUCGAGCAUGGCGCUAGCAGUCGUUGUCGACAAUUCCGCAAACGAGGUUGUUCCUGAGAAGAAGGAAUUGACUUUCAUUGACUAUCUUUCUUCAUCUAUUGUGACCAUCACCGUCGGGGAUGCUGUCCUCAAGGCUCAUCUUGCGCUCCUUCAGCGCAGCCCAUACUUCGAUAGCUCCCUCACCGUCGAUAGCCUCAAAGAUGAGAACAUCGAUGCUGUUGGUUGCUUCCUGCAGUAUCUCUACACGAACGAGUACACCCCCCGUCUCGUCUUCAACAAGAACGCAUCUGAGUUGGUGCUGGAGGCGGUUUCCCCUGAUGAAAUUGAUGAAGAUGGGGGUCAUCUGUUGAAACAUGCGAGGGUAUAUACACUCGCCGAUAAGCUAGGCAUGGAGGAGCUCAAGACAUUGGCGCACAGUAAGAUCCACAGGAUCAAUUCUACCGCUAAGGGCGAGCUUGAGUAUGCCAGGUUUGUGUAUGCGAAUACACCAAAGGAGGACAAGACGAUUAGAAACCCUAUCGCAACAUUCUGGGCCCAUAGAAGCCAUGUCCUACGUCACGAGGCUGAGAAGGAAUUCAUGGGAAUGAUACUUGAGUUCCCGCAAUUCGCCUACGACAUACUCUCCAUGGUGCUUGACCAGAAGGAAAAGGCCAAGGAUCAUAAGGGUGGAAGAGCCAUUGAGCGUGAGGAACGCGAAGGAACAACCCUAACCGAAAUGGGGCCGCCUGCCCCCGAGAAGAGACCAGGAAGCAGCCGUAAGAGGCCAAGGACCUCAUCAGUUAUGUAG